AUGAAGAGAGCCCUUAUGUACGAACAAACUAAAGAUUUAUUAGGCAAGAACUUUAUAGUUUCACCAUUGUCGUGUACAAUUCUGCUGAGUAUGGUGGCUUCUGGACUGAAAGGAGAAGCUUUAGAGCAGAUGAUGUUCUUCUUUAGGCUGAGAAUGGGACUGAGAAGUAUAGCUGAUCUAAUCGCUGAGUCUGAUCGACUAAUGGCUAUGGUAUCACUUGACAGCACCAAAGGGCUCUUACCUUUGUCCUCUGCCAAUGGCGCUUGGGUGGAUAAGAAGUACAAGCUCAAGCCUUCGUUUCAACAGGUUUUGAAGACCACUUACAGAGCAGAUUCCAUGGCACUAGAUUUUGCCAACGAGCUUGAAGAAGCAGUUACUGAAAUUAAUACUUGGGUGGAGAAAGCAACAAAUGGGAACAUCAAAGACAGUGUUCCAAAGCAGUUCUUGCUUAACGAUACUGUCCUAAUCCUUGCCAAUGCUCUCUACUUCAAAAGAACUCGUAAAAGGUCAAGAGCAUUACUUCCAUCUGGAACCAUUACUUGGAAUUUCUACACCUUAGAUGGUAACACUGUUCAAGUUCCCUUCUUAACUCAUUCUUUCCUCUACCUUCCAUAUGGAUCCUCUCAAGGGUGUAAGAUUCUUAAGUUGCCUUAUCAUGUCGUGAAUCAAAAGGGUGUAAAACUGUUCUCAAUGUACAUUUUUCUUCCUGAUGAGAAAGAUGGGCUGCACGACUUGAUCAAACAAUUGACUUCAGACUCACCACUACUUAAUCUACAGUUCGAAUACAAGUAUGUGAAAAUGGAAGAGAUAAUGAUACCAAAGUUCAAGUUCAAGUAUAGCACAGAAGUUUCUGAUAUUAUGGAGCAAAUGGGGCUGAGGCUGAACAUGAACAAGGAUGCGGAGAUGUUAGAAGGAGUACCAGACCCCAGAACUGCUAUCAUUGAUGAUAUGAAAGUUUGUCACAGUUGUUGUAUUGAAGUUGAUGAAAAUAGAACUGAACCUCCUUUCAUUGAUCACUUUUUUGGUGGUGGCCAUGACGAUUUUCCUCUCAUUAAAUUCAUUGCAGACCAUCCAUUUAUGUUCAUGAUCACAAGAGAAGACACUUCUGAAACUCCUAUCUUUGUUGGAGCUGUGGUUAAUCCUCUCCUUCAGUGA